AUGCAAUUUUUAUUGUAUCUUAUUAUAUACAUUAUUACUUUUUCUUAUACGACAACAUCUGGUUUAUCAACUAAUUUUAAUAUUACUAUAAAAAUACCAGAAAAUACAACAUUACUUAGACAACUACCAUAUAAAGCAAUACAUGUUAAAUAUACAUUGCCGAACAGUGAUGAUCAAUGGAGCAUAGGUAAAAUUUUUACUUAA